GCCGUUGACCGGAAGCUUCUUGGUUAGAGAGGAAGGCGGGCUCAGGGAAGGAGUUUCCGGGUUCCCCUUCCUGGGCUGGGACGGUAGCAACAGGGAAAAGGCUCCGGUUGAUUAACAACACCUCAGAGUAACGUACAGGCUUAUCAGACCUUGUUUAGAAAGCAGUGAUGUCGCAGUCUGGAGAAAAAGGAAAGUUUCCAGAUUCAGCUGGCUAUGUGGGUUUUGCAAACCUCCCAAACCAAGUGCACAGAAAAUCUGUGAAGAAAGGCUUUGAAUUUACCCUUAUGGUAGUUGGAGAGUCUGGUUUGGGCAAAUCCACACUUAUAAACAGUCUGUUCCUUACCGAUCUCUACCCUGAACGCUACAUCCCCGGUGCUGCUGAGAAAAUUGAGCGGACAGUCCAAAUUGAGGCAUCUACUGUUGAAAUUGAGGAGAGAGGGGUGAAGCUUAGACUCACUGUGGUCGACACCCCCGGUUAUGGCGACGCCAUCGACAGCCAGGACUGCUUCAAGACCAUCAUCGAGUACAUUGACAAUCAAUUUGAGCGAUACCUACAUGACGAAAGUGGGCUGAACCGAAGGCACAUAGUGGACAACAGGGUGCACUGCUGCUUUUAUUUCAUUUCGCCAUUUGGACACGGUCUAAAGCCUCUGGAUGUGGAGUUCAUGAAGGCCAUCCACAGCAAAGUCAACAUCGUUCCAGUCAUCGCAAAGGCUGAUACGCUCACACUGAGGGAGCGGGAUCGUCUGAAGAGGAGGAUCCUCGAUGAAAUCGCCGAGCACGGGAUCAAAAUCUACCAGCUGCCUGACGCCGACUCUGAUGAAGACGAGGAGUUCAAGGAGCAGACCAGGGUGCUGAAGGCAAGCAUCCCCUUCGCUGUGAUCGGGUCCAACCAGCUGAUUGAGGUGAAAGGGAAGAAGAUCCGUGGCCGUCUUUACCCGUGGGGAGUAGUAGAGGUGGAAAAUCCAGAGCACAAUGACUUUCUGAAACUCCGCACCAUGCUUGUGACUCACAUGCAAGACCUCCAGGAAGUAACUCAGGAUCUGCAUUAUGAGAACUUCCGAUCUGAGAGGCUGAAGAGGGCCGGCAGAGCUGUGGAUGAGGAUGUGGUGGAUAAGGACCAGAUUCUGCUACAGAAAGAGCUGGAGCUGAGGCGCAUGCAGGAGAUGCUCGCUCAGAUGCAGGCCCAGAUGAAGAUGAAAUCUGACGAGUGAGCGGGUCGGAGCUGAAGGGAAGCUCUCCUGCGGCGCGUUUCCAGCACAGAAAGCCCUCCAGCUGCCCUCCCGCUCUCACAAACCCACCAGGAGCGUCGUCAUCGUCGCCUGCACGCGACUGCUUCCUCUUUUUGUUCCCAUCUUAGCAUCCAUCCACCAGCCGCCUGGAAGGCUGCACUGUUUAGUUUUUAUCCUUUUCAACCUCGAAAUUUAAUAAAAAGAAAUCAGUAAGCGGUGAUAAUCGUGAACGUUUAUCCGUUAAUUAACCUUACGUUUUUGGUGUCUGUCAAACUGCAGUCGAAAUCGGUACUAAGAGACGUUGCCAUCACUUACGUUUACAUAAAUUAUAGCACCAGUUUCUGUUCGUUUUGCUACCAUUUUCUGGAGGUUUUAACCUUGUUUUAAAAGAUUGUUUGCCCUGUUUUCCAUCCGCGUCCUUCAUGCUUUUUGACGGAGUGGCUGCAGCUCUUCACUUUCUCUUUGCUUCGUCCUCAACAGAGCACAUCUGUCCAGAACGAUGAGUUCAGCUGAACUUUACUAUCUGUAUAUUUAACAGUAAAAUCUGAUGCCUCACCAUGAAUUAAUAUAGAGACUAUCCCACCUGAGAAUCAUGCCACGUGCCUUUAUUUAUCUUAUGCCUAGAUGUUAGUGCCAAACUGAAAACAUAUCAAGUUUUCCUCGCGUGUGCUUAUUUGCUCCUGUUUUGCCACUUAACGGGUAAAUCUCUCUUUGUACACUACAUGUGCUCUUCUUCCAACAUACUGCCUACUUUUACUUCUUUAAAAAGAAACACAUUAGAUGCAUUAUUAAACUUUAUGUAAUCUCCCUCCAUUUGUUAGCAGAGUAAAUGUCCCCACUUUGUUCCAACACUGUUGUUAAUCUAAUGUCCCGAUGUUGUCAUCCUUGUCUUUUUCCUGACAUCAUUAUUUCUUAAAAUGUGCCAUAAAGGACUUGCAUUUAGCUGCAUACAAUCUUCUUUUGUAUUUUUCUGAAAUAAAGUCUGUUGAUAACUGAAGAAAAA